AUGUGGGCUGAGUACGGUUGAGCUGUCUCCUGGUUUUCUGUCAGAUACAUCUGAGCAGGAGUCUAAUUCACAUUACUGGCUGCCAGAGGAGUCAUGGCAGAGGAACGGGACCAGACAGGAUCCUCCUGGGAGGGCAUGCCUCUAUCUGAGGAUUAUCCUGGACCACAUAUGGAGAAUGGGGCUGCGCCGAAUGGGGAGGCAGAGAGGGAUGUGCCCGGUCCCACAGAUCAGGCAGGGAAAUGUGGCCCCAACCUGCUGCAGAUGCUAAAGGCCGCAGAGAGCAGGUGGACUUGUCAGGGUCGGGACGGAGACGGAGCAGACACAUCGUGGACUGGAGAGCUGGUCACUGAAGCUCUGAAGACUGACAUGCAAAUACAGUUGACUGACCAGAAGCAAGAAUUCAACAAACGUCCCACCAAGACAGGUCAUCACUCUCUAUCCAGGUCUUUCUCUCAGUCGUCUACAGAAAGCCCCAGUUCAGUGUGCAGUGACAGCUCCGAGGACGAGUCUACUCCCAAAGGCAAGCUUCAGAAGACUUCCGAGGGCCUUUCCGACUUCUGCAUCAAAAACAUCAAGCAGGCUGAAUUUGGACGCAGGGAAAUAGGAAUCGCACAGCGAGAAAUGCCAGCACUGAUGGUCCUGAGGAAAAGAGCAGGUGGGGAGAAACCUCUGGCCGGAGCCAAGGUCGUGGGCUGCACACACAUCACUGCACAGACAGCGGUGUUGAUUGAGACUCUGUGUGCGCUGGGGGCUCAGUGUCGCUGGGCGGCCUGUAACAUCUUCUCCACUCAGAACGCUGUGGCUGCUGCUCUGGCUGAAGGAGGCACCUCGGUGUUUGCGUGGAGAGGAGAAUCAGAGGAGGACUUCUGGUGGUGUAUUGACCAGUGUGUCGGAGCUGAGACCUGGCAGCCCAACAUGAUUCUGGAUGACGGAGGCGACUUGACCCACUGGAUCUAUAAGAAGUACCCGAGCCUGUUCAAGAAGCUCAAAGGCAUCGUGGAGGAAAGUGUCACAGGCGUUUACCGAUUGUACCAGCUGUCGAAGGCUGGCCGACUGUGUGUCCCGGCCAUCAAUGUUAACGACUCAGUGACCAAGCAGAAAUUUGACAACCUCUACUGCUGCAAGGAGUCCAUACUGGACGGGUUGAAGCGAACCACUGGCGUCAUGUUUGGAGGGAAACAGGUGGUGGUGUGUGGAUACGGUGAGGUUGGCAAAGGCUGCUGCGCCGCCCUCAAAGCGCUGGGCGCUGUCGUCUACAUCACAGAAGUGGAUCCCAUUUGUGCCCUUCAGGCCUGCAUGGAUGGCUUCAGAGUGAUUAAACUGAGUGAGGUGGUCAGACAGAUAGACAUGGUCAUCACAUGCACAGGCAAUAAAAAUGUGGUAGGGAGGGAACUUCUGGACAAGAUGAAGAAUGGCUGCAUAGUCUGCAACAUGGGACACUCCAACACUGAGAUAGAUUUGGGGAGUUUGCGGACUGCAGAGCUGAGGUGGGACCGCGUGAGGCCUCAGGUGGACCAUGUUAUCUGGCCCGAUGGCAAGAGAAUAGUGCUGCUGGCCGAGGGCCGUUUGCUGAAUCUGAGCUGCUCCACAGUGCCAUCAUUUGUCCUCUCCGUCACUGCUACAACUCAGGCGCUGGCUCUCAUAGAGCUGUCCAACGCUCCAGAGGGACGAUACAAACAGGACGUCUACCUGCUGCCAAAGAAGAUGGAUGAAUACGUGGCCAGUCUUCACCUGCCGACAUUUGACGCUCUCCUCACAGAGCUGACAGAUGAUCAGGCCAAGUACCUGGGCAUCAGCAAACAUGGGCCCUUCAAACCCAACUAUUACAGGUAUUGACCUGAGGACAUGAAGCUGAAGGACAGAGGAAACCUCUCAGAGUCCAGUGGAGAGAACACUGGUGCCCUCUACAGUCUGAAGAUCGCAGACAUGUCAUACUGAGGAGAGGCGGCAGAUGAAGACUUCUGAUCACUUCAUUUGAAUGUGUAAUUUAUGUGUUACUCUGUUAUAUGCUAAUGUUCAAAUUAUCCAGAAUGUAAUCACAGUGAUUUCUGCACCGACUCAAAUAUGAAGAGGAAACACAAAGUGCCGAAUGUUAUAUUAUUGACUCUUCUUAUUGAAAAAACAAUGCCACUUAUAGACUGGAGCAACAAUCAGCAACAUAUACAUAUACAUAUAUAUAACCAACCACAUGUAGAUGCACGUCAUCAACUUAAUAUCUGCUGAUUAUCAGUGAGGAAAGAACACACAUACAUAUUAACACACUUUAAAAAAAAGUUCAAUACGUCAUGUCCUGUAAUUUAAAUUAAAUUUAUUACUACGUAUCCCACUAAAAUAAAAUUCUUCUUAGUAUUAUUAGAUAUAAUAAAAAAAACAAUUUUGCUCUUUUUAAAACCUCUCCUUAUGUUUUUUUCUCAGAAAUUUAACAAAACAAAAAUAUUUAUAAAUUGUGUUCCUGUAGAAAAACAUUAGAACAGUAUUUUUCUUAUUUCAGUGUCACACACAAAUGGUGUGUGUUCAUGCUGAAUAUCUAUACAACCACACACCCCUGUGAUUACAGAUGUAUCCCUGGUUUUUUAUUAAACUCUAAACAAAGAGCUCCACCUACAAGUUACUUUUUUUCCCCUAGGGGGCGUAUGAGCAUUAGUGUCUUUAAUCAUGUCUAGCAUUUCUCACUAUUAAAGUCCUCAGUGCUGUGUUGUUAC